AACCAUCAUUCUAUAUCCUCUCUCCCUUCAGAGCCAACCAUCUUUUUCUCUUUAUCUCUCUCCCUCUCCCUCUCCCUCACCCUCUUCCUCUCUGUCUCAAGGAAUGAUGGAAGUUUCUUGGGAAAAAAGUGUCACUGACUCUAUUAACACUAUUUAUCUUCUCUUUUCUGCAUAUUUAGUCUUUGUGAUGCAACUUGGUUUUGCCAUGCUAUGUGCUGGCUCAGUCCGAGCCAAAAAUGCCAUGAACAUCAUGCUUACAAAUGUUGUUGAUGCCGUUGUUGGUAGCAUUUCUUACUACCUCUUUGGCUUUGCUUUUGCAUUUGGUGAUGGCUCCGGUUCUAACCCUUUCAUUGGCACAAGCUUCUUUGCUCUUAAAGAUAUUCCCAACAGCACUUAUGACUAUAGCUAUUUCCUUUAUCAAUGGGCUUUUGCCAUAGCUGUUGCAGGUAUCACCAGUGGCUCCAUUGCUGAGAGAACCCAGUUCAGUGCUUACCUUGUUUUUUCAUUUUUCCUUAGUGGGUUUGUGUACCCAGUUGUCGUUCACUGGGUCUGGUCAUCCAGUGGUUGGCUCAGUCCCAGUUCAAGUGACUUGCUGUUUGGUUCUGGUGCUAUUGACUUUGCUGGCAGUGGCGUCGUGCAUUUGGUCGGUGGAAUUGCUGGGCUUUGGGGUUCUUUAAUUGAAGGCCCUCGAGUGGGCCGGUUUGAUGCAUUUGGCAAGCCUGUGCCAAUGCGUGGGCAUAAUGCAACCCUAGUGGUUCUUGGCACAUUCUUGUUGUGGUUUGGUUGGUUUGGGUUUAAUCCUGGCUCAUUUGAUCAAAUUCUUGUGGCUUAUCCUUCCACCUCUGAUCAAGGUAACUGGACUGGAGUCGGUAGGACUGCAGUUACGACUACGUUAGCCGGAUCAACAGCCGGGCUUGUAACACUAUUUGGCCGGCGACUACUAGUCGGCCAUUGGGAUGCACUCGAUGUUUGCAAUGGGUUGCUUGGUGGAUUUAUCGCAAUCACUUCUGGCUGUUCAGUGGUUGAGCCAUGGGCUGCUAUUGUUUGUGGGUUUUUUUCAGCUUGGGUCUUGAUUGGGCUCAACAUUUUGGCACUAAAACUGAACUUUGAUGACCCAUUAGAGGCAACCCAAUUGCAUGGUGGGUGUGGUGCUUGGGGUUUGAUUUUCACAGGGUUGUUUGCCAAAAAGGAAUUUGUGAUUCAAGCUUAUACUUCAGGAGAGAGUGGUGUGGUGCGACCCUAUGGUCUCUUCAUGGGAGGGGGCUGGGGUCUAAUUGGAGCACAAGUGAUUGAGCUUUUAGUGAUUGUAGGAUGGGUUAGUGUGACAAUGGGACCUCUUUUCUAUGCUCUUCAUAAGCUAAGGGUUCUGAGAAUCCCUAUAGAGGAAGAAAUUGCAGGGCUUGAUAUAUCUAGCCAUGGAGGAUAUGCUUAUGUUGCUCAUCCAGAAGAAAGCCACCCUCGCUUUUAUUCAGAUUAUAUGCGAAUACAAGAUAGAAAUAGUAACUAGAUUGCUACUGCUCCAUUGGGGUAGUGUCUAUAACUCAAAUCACAUUUCUGUAUGGCUCCAUGUCCUAUUAGUGCUUGUCUUUUUUUCAAUGAAUCAAAUUGCCCAGUCGACUUAUAAAAAGGGUGUCAAUUUGAGUAUUCUUUCUUGUAGUGAAGUCAAAAGAUUUCACCUGUAACACCUUAAUAAGGAGUUUUGAAUAUU